UCUGGGAACUGUGAUCAAGAAGUCCAAAACUUUGUUCAAACAUUAGAAAAAGUAAAACAACUUGUUCCAAACGGAGAUUCGUUGCGUCUAGAAAAACUCCGAAGUUUUGGAGAAGGUGAAGUUUUAGAACAACGGGACGAGAAACUUCUAUGGCAAAGACUGGAGAAUGAUUUAAAGAAUGUUGAAUUGAAUAAACUGCCAUAUAAUCACCCACUUUGCUCUGGUAUAUUAGAUAUCGAGUCAUCACCUAUCUCUGAUCUACCGGAAACUCUUCGUGAUGUUUUUGAAAAAAAUACCAAACUAAAAUUUUGUAUGGAUAACAAUGAAAUGUUAUUGCAAACUUGCGAAGAGUUUAUUCAAGAGGUAAGUAUUAGAGUAGAGGAACCACUAUUGGAAGCUCGUGAUCCUCCAUUCGGCCAAUGGAUAGAGAAUUCUGAAAAGUUGAAAAAUAUAACGAAACGAUUAUUGGAAACAUU